UGCUUAAGGUAGCUGUUACUAACAGUAUCCUUAAAGGAAGUAAAUGUAUAGAGCUCUCAGGGAUUGAACAUUUUUAUACAUGUUUAUAAUUUUUCAAUUUAUAUACCAAUAUGAUGUCGUUAAAAAAGCGAAUCGUGUACGAUUUUAUAGUUUCGAAGAUAGCCAUUUUGGCGGGUGACGUGUUUGCAUGCCGAGUAUUGACAGCCAUAACAUAAAUGACCGACGUUGCAUGUAAUAUGGCGAUAAUUGCUUUUCCGAUGUACAAAAAGCAAAGGAUAUGGUAAUUUGUGAUUUAAUUAGAGAAGGAUUGAUACAAUUUUUCGCAAUGGUGAGAAAUAACGAUGAAUUUGUAUAUUGGCGAAUAGUAAACAGAAGAAAGGCCACGUAUAAUUUUCAGUUGCGCUAGGGGUGGGGGGGGGCAAUGCACCAUGGGAACAGUUUGCGACUGGCGCAUGCGCAGAUCAGUUUACAGUUGGAGCUUCAAAGAAAAUGGCGUCAGCUAAGUUUCUGGAGGAAGCUCUGAGCACGGAUGUCGAUGAAUCUGCAGUGAACGCGAUAGUGGGAUCUCUUGAAACACAAUUAGUGACAUCGACGCCGGCUGUCUCUGGGCAUCAAGUAAGUUCUGCAUCAGUUAGCCAACAGAAUCAUCAGGUGAACAGUGGUAUUUCCAACGGGGGCACCAUUACCGCGGUUCAACCACAGAAACAUGGGGUUUCAAACGGCGGCGGUGCUACUACAGUAAAUAGUCUGAUGAAUCAAGAAGUUACGAAGUCCAUUACCACGAGUACUCUCCUCCCUGUAAACGUGGUUACCUCAAACACAGUGGCGCCACAGGUUACUGCACAACAGCAGCAACAGCAUACACAGUCAGCAGUUUCCCCUGCUGCUUAUAUCAAUCAAGUUACAACAAACCAGGUGACCAGCAACCAAACAACAAAUAUUCCAAGCCUUACUAAAACACAUGAACCUGUUAAAAUAAUUUAUCCGACUGUUGGUCAAGUAAUAGCAACCACAGGGGUAGUUAAUGCAAAUAAUAAACUAUCUUUUCCUGCACAAACUGUCGGACAACUAGCCAAUGGCACUUUGGGAAUAACAUCUCAAGCAGUGUUACAGACAACAUCAAAUGUCGUUUCUAAUGUUGGUUCUGUCAGUGAAACAGGCAGUCAAACAGUUGCUAGUGUAAAUAAGCCAACAGGUACAGCUUUGGUGAUAAAGACUAGUGUAGCACCCAGUGGCAUGGUUUCUGUUCCAAUGUCUGUUCCUGUUUCUGUGGCUGGCAAUGCAGUCAGCACAGCACUACAGGGUAAAGCUGGUGUUACAUCUACGAUAGUACCCAGCAAUGUGCAAAUUCUUAAUGUUAAUGCAAUGCGUCCUGGCACACCUGUGACAGGACAACAAGCAGGGAAACAGGUUGCACCUAGGGUAGUCAUUGGUCAACACAUGCUUGGGACAAGACCUGGAGCUCCAGGGAUAACAUUACAAACGUUGCAUGGUCUUCAACCUGGAACUCAGGGUCAUAUACUAUUAAAAACAGAAAGUGGACAGUAUCAAUUACUAAGAGUAGGGCCACCUCCAACAGCAGGUACUCCUGCUGGUACUGCAGUUACACCAAAUAGUAUAGCGGGAAAUGCAGUGGUUGCUGCACCAUCUCCAGGCACUACCUAUCGUUUAGCCUCAGUCCCGGCUGUAAGUAGGCUGAAUACACAGUUCACUGGUCCACCACUCGCCACCUUAAGAAAAUCUGUUCAGACUGUUGCUGCAACUAUAACAACAGCAACUACUACUCCAGCAACGGUGACUGCUCCUGCCUCAAGUACGCCUACUCCACCUGUAACUACUGUUCAAACAGUUCAGACACCCACACCACGUCAAACUACAGAUAAUACCAAAGAAAAGUGCCGUAAAUUUUUAGCGAACUUGUUAGAGUUAUCUAGUCGAGAACCUAAAGCAGUCGAACGAAAUGUUCGAACUUUAAUACAAGAAUUAAUUGAUACUAAAGUUGAACCUGAAGAGUUCUGUGAUAGACUUGAAAGAUUAUUGAAUGCAUCACCUCAACCAUGCCUGAUUGGAUUUCUCAAGAAAAGUUUACCACUUUUACGGCAAUCCCUUGUAACGAAAGAAUUGGUCAUAGAGGGGAUAAAAGCUCCUCCAGUCAACGUUGUUUUUCCUGUAUCAUCUGCUACUUCUGUAGUAACGCAGCAGAAUCAACUCAGACCAACUGUUGCUGUGACAGCUGCAACAGUUCCUGUAACUGCAGUUACUGCAACUACACAAGUAAGAGUAAUGACUCCACUACCUGCAGCUACAACCACAAUUCCACGACCUGCUCAGCCAGUUCAACAGAGGCUGAUACGACCUGUUACAACAGUAGUUCGUCCUACACCAUAUACUGUGAAAUCAACAGUAGCAGUAACUGGAAUUCGACCUACUGUGCCCACAAUUCAAAAACCACCUAUCACAACAACUGUUGUUAAAACAGUUACAACUACAACGCAAGGCAAAACAGUGAAUACAACUACUACUGUUAACAAAACCAUAGUGCCUUCUUCUGUUCCAAAGCCAAUUACUAAAGAAAAAGAGAAAAAGACAUUUUCGUCUGCAGGAUACACGGGAGAUGAUGACAUUAACGAUGUCGCAGCAAUGGGUGGUGUUAAUCUUGCCGAAGAAUCGCAAAGGAUUCUCGGUUCCACAGAAUUUGUUGGAACUCAAAUCAGAUCCUGUAAAGAUGAAGUAUUUCUUCAUAUGACACCAUUACAGCAAAGAAUUAAGCAAAUUGCUUCUAAUUAUGGAUUAGAAGAACCUAAUCAAGAAGUUGCCACGUUAAUAUCUCAUGCUGCACAAGAAAGGUUAAAGAAUUUAGUAGAAAAAUUAGCAGUAAUUGCAGAACACAGGGCAGAUUUGAUAAAGGUGGAUCCGCGUUAUGAAGUAACACAGGAUGUUAGGGCACAAUUAAAGUUUUUAGAAGAUUUGGAUAAAGUGGAACGUAGAAGACACGAAGAACAAGAAAGAGAAUUACUUUUACGAGCAGCAAAAAGUCGCGCAAAAACGGAAGAUCCAGAACAAGCCAAGUUAAAGGCAAAAGCUAAAGAGAUGCAACGUGCAGAAAUGGAAGAAUUAAGGCAAAGAGAAGCGAACUUGACAGCUUUGAGAGCAAUUGGUCCACGUAAAAGGCUUAAACUUGAUACAGGAGUGUCUACCAGUAGUCCAGGCAGUAAUUCCGGUUUAAAUGCUUCAGUGACUGGAAUUAACAGACAAAUGCCAAUGAAACCACGUUUAAAGAAAGUGAAUUUUAGAGACUUAUUAUUCCUUCUUGAACAAGAAAAAGAAACGUGUAGGAGCACAAUGUUGUAUAAAUCAUACUUGAAGUGAUGUUCUGUAAAGGGCAGGAACUUAAGUGACCCGCCCGAUAUCUGGCGCCCUAUCUGCAUGGUCUCGUGUGAGCUGGCCUCAAUGGACCUUGACUCGUGUAACGUUAGUUUACGUUGCAUUGUACAGUGUUUCAUAAAUUACAUACAAUGAAAUUCAUUACGGAUCACAUCAGGAUUCCAUAUACAUUCAAAAUAAGAUUAUUUCUAUCAUGUCGAUAAGCUUCCCUACUGUAAAUGACUGAAGAUUUUUUAAAUGUAAUAUAAUAGAUUGUUCUUUAUUUUUCAACACAAAAUUACAUUGAAAAGAGCAAUGUGUAUGAGCACAUGCUUGAUGAUCAGUCUUAGAUAGUCUCUUUAUGGCAAGAAUGUGUGGUCAUAUGUAUUGUUAUAUGAUGCGUGUAUGUACGGUGAACGAAUGAGUAUACAUUGUCAUUUAUGUACAUGCCUGCUGCAUUAUAACACUUGACCUAUACUUUUGGACACUGUAGCGCUAGUGUAAAGAGUGCAGGUUUUGUUAACAUAGUAAAUUGUAUUUUUGCAAAUUGUAAUGUAAUAAUAUACUGUGAGCACACUGUCCAAAAAGUAUGGAAUAAUUUGUACAAUACCUUACACAUAAAUACUAAAUAGUGAUAAUUUCAAUGUUGGUACAACAGAAUAUAGCUACUCUCCACCACAAGAUGGAAUUGUUAUCAGUAUAUUAUGUUGUAAUCUACAUUUUCAGUGUUUAUAAAAGAAUUAGCUGUUACGUUUUUUAUUAAAGAAAUAUUUACAAAAGUAAGAAUUACGGAUAUUUCUUCGAUUGACGUUAAUUUAAUCAUUUAUAUUUCCUCUUUGGAAUUAGUACAGUUUUUGCUAAUGUUUAGAGAAAAGUGUGCUUCACAUAAUCGAUUGAAAAAUAUUCAAAGCGUGUACCUGAUUUAUAAUGUAAAAGAAUCUACUGCAGAUGUACGUGGGUGCCUAUUACAGAAUAAUUAAAAAGAUAUUAAUCUUUCUUAACUUGCUAAUCACGUGAGCGUCUUAUACUACACGUGUCCGAAAUAGAUUUCCGUGCAACAUUAAAAAAAAAAGAAAAAAAAAUAAGUCAUCGUAUAUGUCUCAUACGCAGAAACAUCGAUACAUAUAUAUAUACAAACAUAUAUAUACGUGUGUCAUUUAUUGCGUUUAAAUUUGAUUUUUAGUAUAACAUCAAUUUAGAUUUUUUAUAGUAGCCUUGUAAAAACAUUUCCAAUCUUGAAUGAUUUGUGUUCAUUCUUACAGAUUUACAUACAGAACAUAGAAAAAUUGAAUUUUUGCCUCAAAUAUGUUAAAUAUUAUACACUGAUAGUGAUACCAGAAGUCAUCGAUUUUUAUAAGCUGUAAUAUAAAUUUGAUAUAAGUUUGUUGAGGCAAUAAUAGAAGUUUUUCUAUUGUACUGCCAUAGUUUGGAGUUGCAGAAUGAUAACAUGAUACGAGGUAUACUAUUUAUUUUUCUUAGCAAUUCGCCUGAGAUAGUUAUUUCAGAUUAUCUAACUACAAAUGAGAAUUAUAAAAGAAAGCAGUAUCCUGGUAAUCUGGAUUAACUGUGAAUCCUCGAUUUUCGUGCUUCCAUGAUUUUUUGGACUGCACGAUAAUAUUUCCUAACCGGCAUUCAUAAAGAAAGAAUAGUGUGUAUAUAUAUAUAUAUUAUUAUAUAUAUAUAUUGCAAAAGCACGUACACCUGUGAGUCUUCUAGUGUAAAUAAUGAGAAAAUGAAAAGCGACAUAACGUUUCAAUUACAAUUACGUGAAGUAAUUGCUUCAACGGUUCAAUAUCGAUUUAAAAUAUAAUACGCGCACAAGACUGACGAAUUGUGUAAAAGAAGUUAAGUUAAAUUGAACUAUUAACUUUGACUAUCCAUAGCGCUGAUUAAUUAUGAAAUGAAUCAGUACAAAAAAGAGAAGGAGAAAAAAAAAGAUGAAAUCAUUUAAAAUGUCGUAGGUGCAAGGAUAUAUAAUUGCAAUAUUGAUCUCAGCUAUAUAAUUCUAUUUGUUAUUGCGUGCACCGAGAAACGAUUGCCUUUUUAUAUAUAAAUACAUAUAAUAGCAAUUGAUAUAAGUUUUUCAUUGCGAGAGCGAGCGAGCGAGCGAGCGAGCGAGAGAGAGCUUAAAAUUAAAAAAAAAUAAAAUAAAUAAAUAAAGCGGAUCGUUGAAGCAAAAUUAUUCGAGUAAUAAUAUGUAAAUAAUUCGUUUUUUAGUAGUAGCUAUGUACAUUUAUUGGGAAAGGCGCACAUACCAUUACUUGUACCAUACUUUUUGCCGUGCACUUCACAGUGUAAGAAAUUUUUCUUAGCUGCGUGUUCCUCUGUACAAUGAUUGCAUCAUUUUUUACGAGCUCGAUAAAAAAAAAAAUGCAAAUUUCCGAAGUUAGUUGUAUUAUAAUGUUCUCCUUACUGCCACUAGGUGGAAUUAUUAUUAAUAUAAAUAUAUAAAUAGAGGAAUGUAAAGAAACAAAAAAAACAAAAAAACAAAAAAAUACUAAAAGUACAUAGCAGUUUUGGUACAGUAUGAUAUUUUUACAAAUUGUAAUUGGAUAAGUCGUAACCGAGAGAUAAUAAAACAAGAAUAAGUUUCACCAAGGAGUAGCCUUUCUAAUUAUCUUUUUUUUUUGUACAAAAGAAGAAAACGAUUUUUAUACGGGAUAAAUUGAAUUACGAAGAGAAAUAAAUUUUUGUUUUGUUAUGAUUCGAUCGUAGGUAUAAUUUUCAUAGAAUUACAACGUUCAUAAUGUUGCGGGCUAUCAAUGUAUAUAAAACAACACAUUUGUGAUACCAUUUUUACAAAGAAUAAGUUAAAAAAAAGAAAUACAAAGAAUACGUGGCAGAAAAUCGAUUAUGUAAUACAAGAAUGUUAAAAAUUAUUAAAUUGUGCAUCAUUUAUACUCUUAUUUCAGGCAACAUUCCAUACAAGAAUGUUACUAAAACUGCCAAAUAAUCAACCAUUUGUUAAAAUUA